AUGGGUAGGAAGGGACACAACGCAAAGUACAWGUCAGUUGUUCAUCAUGUGGAAUCUCCCGCCAAACACACUGAGGUCCUCUGUGACGAGAUCAAGCACUUGAAGAGUGAGAACUUGGAGCUGGCUCAUCAAAUUGAGUCACUUAAGAUAAUGAUGUCCUGCAAGGAGSCUACGUGGAAUGAGACACAGGCCACGCUGGCCGACUUGGAGGACGAGGUCAAGGACCUGAAGCURCAGGUGAAGGACAGGGACAAAUUUCUCCGGAAAAUGAGUUGUCGUCCUAGAUACACCCAGUUGUUUGAGACCGAGAGAGUGAAAGAGGAGCUGAAUGCAAAGCUCAACCAGAUCAGGUUGAUGGAGCUUUCCUUCAACAAGAAGAUGGAGGACAUGAUCUCUGAGAAGGAUGCAGUGAUCGCCAAGGUKACCKAYGAAAGAGUGGCACUUGAACAUCAAAACCUGGAGCUUGUGACCAAGCUCACGGUCAUCCAGACGGAGGUCGUCUCCAACCAGAGUGAGUGGAAGACAGAAAUCCCCGCUCUGGAGGACAGUGUCAAAACUGAGCAGGAAGUGAAGGAGGCCUGCACUGAAAAAAUGGAGGACACGGAGGAGAAGUGRGCGGCCAAGCAGGAGGACAUCCUCAACCAAGCCAGAAGCAUAGAGGAGGACGUGGAGCUGCUGAUGGACAAAAACACUGAGCUUCAGGAACCUGCUUGGAAGACUGUCAACACUAAGGCAGGAUCACGGAAGAAGAGGAGAAAGAAUCAAAGGUGUAAAUGAAGGAGGAGAUGAAAGAGGAGAAGGAGCAGGAGAAGAGGGGGAAGAGACUCUAUUUUCCCUUUAAACCCCUCAACUCCCUGCCACCCCCUUACCUCACCCAUCGUUCCUCUACCUGAACCCWGUUUACCCUCRKKUCACUUUC